AACCCGGACCACUGGCCUUGACAAUCCCCGCUUGGUCCUCAGCUACCCAGCAGAUGGCCUGAGCUCCUUCUGGGAGUCUUUAGAAAUGAGUUGCUGGUCAGCCCUCUGAAAAGCUGUUCUGCAGAAGGGCGGUGGUACCUUCUUGAUGCUGCUGUCUUAGAUCAUUUAGAAGAAAAAUAAUAGAGACAGAUACUACAUGAAUAGCCCAGAGUACUCCAUUUUCAGUACCAGGAGUUCUAUUAACCUAGAGUACGAAGGAAAGGCAUUUACAUCGUGGAAAGUACCGGAAACUUGUAAAGUUGAAAACACAACAUCACCCAAGACAAAACUACACUGCAAAAGGUCUGGAACUCACAGGAUAGCAGCAGUUUCUGGAACCCAAGAAGAGGAACGGCAUCUGACUGUGGAUAAUUCUUAUAUUUGCUUCUUGUGGUAUUUCACAUCUGUGAACGUUUAUGAAAACUUAAGCCAGAUUGUCACCAUAUGGGUUUAUGAUCCAGAAAGUGCCAGCUUGGAAGAGCUGAUGUGGACUGCAAAGAAACCUUCCCUGAAUUCUGUGGUACUAAGCAAGCAGUUGAGCACCCUGGGACAGCAUCCUUUCAUCUUCACAGUUGAGAAGAGGCGCAUGUACCACCCAGGUCCCUUAACUUCAGAAGGAACCUGGGUCAUUCACCUGCCAAUGUCUUCAGAUGAUAUACUUAAAGUGAUAAAAGGUAACAAAGUGGCUUUCCAGGACUGCCUCAUUGCAAAUCUUUACUUCCUGCUGACGUUUCCCAUGCAGACCAUGUCUGAGCCUCCUGGAUAUCUGCCUCUCGCCCUGCCAGCUGGGAGUCAAUUGCUGAUUAAGUGGCAUUCCUGCAUCCCUACAUUUGCUGUCUUGCUCACUGACCACGAGACUUUCCAAACAAAUGAUUCCUUUAAAACCUGGACCAGAAUAAGAAUCCCUCCAGGUAUCCUGAGCGAUCCUCAAAGGCACAGUGUGAAGGAUGUGCUCAUAUUCCAAAGAGCACUUGUGUUUCUAAUAGAAUCUACUGUUUACCUAAAAACAGACAAAGAAUUUAUAGAACUGAAUGAAAGCAGAGGUAUUUCCAAAACUGGAAUUCUUGGAUUCUCAAAAAGAGAAUGGUGUCAGGUUAGAUAUUUAUAUAAGAGUGGAGCAAGACGAACUUACAUGACAGCUUGGACAAACGAUACAAUUUACAUUGGAUUUUCUUCAUUUACAUUUGUAAAAUUUUUGACUGUGAUACAGCUUAAAGCUUCUCUAAAUCUUCCCUCCACUGACACCCUGAAAAUAGAGAGUGUUAGGUAUUCGUGGCACCCGAUGGAGGCUGCUGCGCUGCUGUCCCACUGCUCUGUGUGUGCCAACACCAGGAACAUUCGCCUAGUGCUAUAUAAAGAAUUAUCUCAAAAGGGGACACUCCAGGACUUUGAACUACAAGUUCCCAAGGAGAACCAUUUAGAUUUUCUCUUUCUUUACUCCGCCAUGCCUGAUAUUAUCCUGUGGGACAACCAUCAUGUUUACUAUAGCUACAAAAACUUCACUACUGUUGGAACUAUAAAAACAGCUUCAGGAGAGACCAAUUUGUCAUCAUUAUCACUUGGCAGCAAUAUCCACAGCGUCCUUACAGAUAGUAAUGGAGAUAUUUUGAUAAAAAUGGAAAAUAAUGAAAUGUUCUAUAUCAAGGCUGACAUUACAGAGACAGUUCAGCUACAUACAUGGACAAACACGACCGCAAGGACAGGAAUGUUCCUUGACCAAUCUCUUCAAACAUGUAUAAUAUACUAUAAUGAAAAUCUCCACGAAAAGUACCAGUUACAGCCACAUUCAUAUCCCUUACUUAUGGAGUUACAGAGUGUGACAACGGUGUUAGAGCGGUGCCCUUAUCUGGCAUUUCAACACAAUAUUCACAAUCAGUUUUACCAUAUGGAUAAAGGAGAAAUCCUGACAAUAUGGAGUCAACUAGUCUACCCAGAAAAUCGGGGUCUCUACAUUGCUGUGGAGCACUAUGGCCCGGAUGUAUUAACCUGGACACAUAACAUAGAUUAUGAGAUUGCGUCGGGAUUCUGUACUAAAACUAUGAUAACAACUUUUUUUCAGACGACAAAUUACGAAUUAGUGGAUGAUUACUAUGGUUUACAAGAAAAGAACACAGGUCUUGUGCUUUUUCAGUUCCGUCCUAGUGAAUUUUCAAAAACGUGUCCCAUGGCCAAACAGGUGUUUGAAAUUAGUGUUGGCUGUGAUUCAGCUAAAUACAUUAUGGUUCAAGGAUUUAAUAGGAGCGGAUGUCAACGUCGUGAUUUUUCUUAUGUGAUUGACAAGGAGCUUCUGAGAGAGAGUGUAUCUGAAAACUUGAAAGUAAGGUAUGACGUGGCAAAGUAUGGCUGCCCUUACACACUUGACAUGGACGAGAUGUUUCACCCUGUACUAGAAUUGUAUGAUGAACAUGGAUUUGUUAAAAUAGUCGACGUAAAUUUUAUCAUAUGGGAAAUCCAUGGCAGGAAUGACUACACCUUUAAUUCUACUAUGGAGGAGAAUGGUUGUAUAAAUGAAGCACAGACGUGGGACUCGAUGAUAGAAGAAAAUCCAGGCAUCCCACUGGAGGAUGUCUGGGGGCCUCAGAACUAUAGGCCUUGUUUUUCUUAUGCUAUUGGGAAACCAGGAGACCUAAGCCAACCAUAUGAGAUUCUAAACUAUUCUAAUAGCAACCAUAUUAAAUGGUCCAUUACGUAUGCUGGCAUGUAUGUGUUUCGCUUAAAGAUCUUGGAUCCAAACUAUAGUUUCUGUAACCUGACAACUAUUUUUGCGGUUGAGAGCUUAGGGAUGCUUCCCAGAUCCAGUGCCUACCUGGUGGCUGCCUUGAUUUUUGUCCUGAUGCUCACGUUCAUCAGCAUCCUCGUUCUGAGCUAUUUCUGGUAUUCGAAGAUUUAUAGGCAGUUUAUUAUUGAGCCUCUUCACAAGCCUCCUGCAAAACAGAAGAGAAACUAGGAAGUGUGAGAGUUAACUCUGAAUACAUAUAUGUAUAUAUUUAGAUAAGAUACAGAGAAGUAAUUAUAUUAAGUAUGUAUGUUUGCCUAAGAAACAUUAAAUAUAAGCUCAUACUAUUAUUAAAUUCAAUAUAUGAAAAAGUAUUGUUAUAUUACUUGCCCAGAUAGCAUACGUUAUAUUAUUGUUUGUUAUUCCAUUUUAAUGAUAGCAUAUAUACUGUUAUAUUUGCAUUUAAAAAAUUAAAAAAAAAACCUACCAUUCCCUAUUAUGAUGAUUCCUAA